ACUGAAUUCCAACGCCCAAAGACUAGUCCUUCGACCCAAUCUUCCCUCCGUUGUCGCCCAUAAUGACUGGGUCCCAGUGCAACACAGUGGGGAGAGUCCGACCUAUCGCAUUCACCCAUGAUGUCGUCAGACGAACAACAAUACCAACCCACCAAACCAGAGCCUCGAUCACCAAGAAUUAACAACUCUCCGUUGUCCGGUGAUGUUGUUCAGAGCCGACAACCUGUCUAUCCAUAUAUUCCAGCCGAUCGAACUCACCCCUCUGACGCAUUCACGGGUUACUCUGAACCUGUCCCACCUGGAUCACCAAACGUCACCAUUCAUGGAUUAUACUCCAAAACCCAAUUCGACACGCUCUCAAUCCUUUCCAGAGUUUACACUCGCCCAAAUCCAAAAAUUGAACUAGGGCCAGUGGACGAUUCCGUUAGCUUUGUCGUGGUCGACGCAACUCGAGAUGACUUUCCAGUUGUAUAUUGUUCUCAGAAUUUCCACCGGCUGACUGGGUACAGAAGAGAAGAAAUUGUUGGGAGAAAUUGCCGGUUCUUACAAUAUCCACCUCCUGACGCACCGGGUGGCCAACUUGGCCAUUCAAGACAUCGAAGCCCAGCCGUCGAGGCUUUCAAGCGCUCUCUGAUGCUUGGUCAGGAAUGUCAAGCCUCGUUAGUAAAUUAUCGGAGAGAUGGAGAAGCUUUCUUAAACCUCAUCUCUGUUGUUCCAAUUCGGUGGAAGGAGAAUGGCGAACAAAAAGAAUACUACGUAGGUUUCCAAGUGGACGUGCCUCAACGAGGUGCUGGGUCAAGAUACCCCUGACGAUGUAACUGCAAUUGAUGCUGAAGCCGAGCGCGGUCCUGGAGAUGAAGAAUGGGCCGAAACGUGAUGAAACGACCAUCUCGGCACAUUUCACCUUCUCCAACUUUCAUAUCGGCUC